CAAGAUAUAAAGCAUGUAAUGGUAUGUGGAAGUUCAGCCAACUUUCCUGCAACCCGUAAAAAACAAGGAAAACAAGACAAUGGACACUGAUUAUUUAGAACUUCAUUAAAGAUGGUAACAAUAAAUUUGUAAUCGCGUACACCCAAAAAUUUUAUGGAUAGAAAGGACGCAAUUCUUUAUUAUUUUGAUAUUGAAAAAGAUAAUAAUCUUGCAUUUCACACCCCAAAACUCCCUCUACCAAAGGGCGGGUCACGUGUAAUGAUACAAUGUCUGUGCGACAUAAAAACUUUCACAAGAUAUUUAUUUCACUUUUUUUAUCCGAGCCAAAUAUCACUAUAAAAAACGCUAUAUCUGGAACACUUCAGCUUCCAACCUCUACCUGGAAAUGAGAACCAAUUGUACGAUUGAAUCUUUUAAACAUACCAUUCGGUCACGCUAACGGACGAUAUUAAAAAAUAUGACACGGCCAAG